AUGAGUGUUGGCUUUAAAUGGGCAAAGAAAGCUGCCGAUCAAGGUCAUUUCAAGGGUUUGGAAAUUAUUGGUUCAUGCUAUAGAUUAGGUAAAGGUACUCAAGUCGACAGAUGGAGAGCUAUUGAUUGUCUUCACAAGUCAUCUGAAUUGGGUAAUGCCAAUGCAAGUCACCAACUAGGUGUUCUAUAUUGGAAAGGUGAUGCGAUUAUAGGCAAAAAAGAUUUGGUCAAAUCUUUUGAAUACUUUUUAUUAGCUGCACAGCAAAACUACUCACCAAUGAGUGUCGCUGAAUGCUAUUUUAAGGGUGAAGGUGUCGAAGUAAAUUAUCCAGAGGCUAUGAAAUGGUUCUAUAUAGCAUCAGUUUAUGGUGAGGUAAAGAGUUUCAACUAUUUGGCCGAGUGCUAUUAUAAUGGAUAUGGUGUCGAACAGGAUUUCUCAAAAGCAUUUGAAUACUUUAAAAAAGCAGAGAUUUUAGAUACAACCGCAACUAAUGGUAAUUGUUUAAAUAGUCUUGGUAUUUGCUAUCUCCGUGGUCAUGGUACUCAACAAAAUUUAGAAACUGCAAUUUUUUACUUUAAAAAAUCAAUUUCAAAGGGGAAUGUUUCAGCUCAGAAAAAUUUAGAUUCAACUUUAGAGGUUAAAGAAAAAUUAGAUAAUAGAAAAAGCUAUACAAUUAAUAUUUAUAAUUAA